AUGACCACCUCCAUCGACAUCCAAGCAACUCAAGACACACUGAAAGUGUUACAGACGAUUGGCCUCGACCUAAGCUGGGACGAAAGCCACCAGAUCGCCCAUCCGACGGGCUCCCAAGCCGCUCUCAUCAAGAAGGAGGGAGCUGAAGCUGAAGAGAAGAGUCUGAGCUACCUGAGCCGGCUGGCCAGUCUGGCCCAGACCGUCUCGGCCCGCCAUCUGGUCAGCAGUCUGCUCGCCGGCCCCGACAACGAAGCCGACGACUCCCUCGACAUCCCGCUCUUCCUAGGCCACCCUAGCACGUCCCUGAAUGGCAGCAAUAAGACCGAGACGCUCGACUGGGUGUUGGGCCAACUCGGGCUCGGCCACCUCGACCAUGCCCAACUCACCAUCAGAGAACCCUUUGAUGAUGGCCAAAGAAUUACUCCCCAAUCGUCCCUCGACCAACCGCCCUGGGUGCUCAAUCGAUUGUCCGAGAGCCAAGCGAUCCAGACAUCCACAGCCGACCCCGACCGGACCGCGCUCGAACAACUCCUCGCCCGUCUCCGACCUAGACUCUCGCUCGAGAUCGAGGUCUCGGAUAGCUGCGCCAAUCGGCCCGUCUGUCUGCUCGUCGGGCCGAUCCCCGAUUCGCUUUCUCACUCUUGGGGCGGACUCAUCAGCUAUCGUGUAUCCACUUAA